CUGAGCACUCAUUUCAUAACUCGGCAUAAUAUUUGAUAUAUUUAGAUUUAAACAGUAGUAAUCUUAAAAAAGAUGGACUGAGACGAUGAAAAUGUCACUGAAAGCCAUCAUCUACUUAAUGACAGCUAUUGUGAGUUUACUGUCUGUGGCAGGACAUGAAGGAGAACAUGUCAACACUAACUCCUGGAAUGACAUUGAACCGACGGCAAUAACUCAUGGUACUGGCGAAAAUGCGCAACUUACUUGUCGCUAUACAGACGACCAGGAGAACAAUACAAAAUACUUGUGCAAGGGGGAGAAUGCUUCGAACUGUGAGGAGUUAAUACACACAACAGAAAGUGAAAGAGAUGUAGUUAAAGGCAGGUAUGAUAUAAGGGAUAACCAAAGAAAGAAGUACUUCUACGUGUACAUCAACAAUCUGAGCACAGCUGACUCUGGAACGUACUGGUGUGGCUCUGAGAGAAGGGGGCCCCCUGCUACCUACGCCAAAAUCCACCUUUCUGUCACUGACACAGCCACAAAACAAAUCAAAACCAGAACCUGCCUUUCAACUCAGCCAACAACAGCAACACCUGUUGAAACAAACCUCCAUGAUGACCAUUCAAACUCUGUUGCAGGUGUGAUUGGCCUGGCGGUAGCGUGUGUGGUAAUGGCUGUGGUAGUUGUGAUUGUACUAAUCCUGUUGGGACGCAAACUCCUCCUCAGGACACAAGGGGGAUCAUCAGAGCUGAGGAUGAACGAUGGACAAAACACAGAGGGAAGCCAUGGAGGUCAUGAUUAUGAGGAGGUACAGGAGUGGAACCCUCCCACAGACCAGCUCCACUAUGCCAGUGUAAACUUCAAGAGUGACUCUGUCACAGUGUCAACAGAUCGAAACGCACUUCCCGACACAGAUAAAAAUGGCUCCUCGGCCUGUGACUACUCCUCUAUCAGUAGGACUCCUCUCUAUUCUACAUGCACAAUGCCUGGGGAAGCGUGAUAUAGUCACGCUUUUAACGUAUGUUUCCAGUGGAACAUGCGGUGAAGGAUUUACAUCUUUUCCUAAAGGGAAAUAAUCAUCAGCUUUCAAUUUAUCACUCAAGCAUGACUGAGUAUGAACUGUUGUUUGGCACAAUUUAGAGUUAGCUAGCUUGCAUCUAAUAUGUUUGUGUAACUAAUAAUGUGACAUAUAAAUAUAAGAAUAUUGCCUUAAUGCGCUCUGAAUAUGAUCAAUAUCAAUCCUGCUUAAUGCUCUACUUUCCUUAUUGAGGCACAGAAAUGUAAUAAGUGACGUAAAGUAAUCAGACACUUGGGUAAUGGUAAUGGUGUGCCAUUUUACCACAAAAAUUACCACUGUAAAGGAGGAAGUUGCUGCUUAUUGGUUUUAUUUCAGCAACUGAUUCAGAGUCAGUAGUUUGAUAUUGAUCAUUAUGUAACUAAGUUAUAACUUAGAUCAAACUUAUCUUUUUCUUCAAUAACUGAUCAUUAUAAAGUAUAAUAGGCUAUAUUUGUGGAAAUUCAGUUGAUGAUUUAUUAAUUAGAAAUAGUUCCUGAUUUCCCAACUUACUUUUUCAUUGGUAACUACCCAUAAUACCUUGUAAAGCAUCAUUGAAUUGUGUUUACUACUUUUUCAAUAUUCCAGUAUCCAGAAAGGUUAAAUCGCAGUAUCUGAUUGAAUAAUAAAAUGUAGUGAAGCAGACACAAACUUGAUACUUCACACUAGCGUAGGAUCAGUUGGUCAAUAAACCACCACAGUAAAUCUGCAUACACCUGGUCUGUCUUCAUUACAUUUCACAGGCAGUCAAACAUCAUUUCUAUUCGCAUCUUUUUCUGUAAAACAUAUUAAUGUUGUUGCAACUGUUAUGAACUUUUCAGUGAGGAAAUAUAAUGUGAUACUGAAUUAUAAAAAUGACAAAAGUGUUGAUUCAUUAUUCUGACUGAAGCACUUUGUUGUGAUUGCGGCACAUUCAGUUGAAACUCAUGGGUGUUGAACAGCCUUAACUUUUUGCUUACCUGUUACACAGAAACUUUUGAUACUGUUAAGUUUCACCAAGACUUUCAAUAAAG